UGUAAAAUUAUUCUUAUGGAAUUUUAUCGUUACAACAAUAUUUUGUUGCAUUUUGUAUUAUAUACACAAAAAAAAAUAUUUUUUAAGAAAAUACAGAGUUGUGAUACCGCAUUCUAUCUUCUGUAGCAUUACAUUAUUUUAAAAAAUGUUUGGAAGAAAAGCAUGUAAACUCAUAACAGAACUAGAUUUAUCCGCUGAUAUUCUACCAUUUAAUGAAAUAGUAGUUAAAGAAGUUAUUGACGAAAUGCAUUUUCUCUAUAAAGCAAAUAUGUCUGAUAGUAAUGCUAUUCGGAACGAUGACAAUAUGGCAUUAUUACCUUCUGUACAACUUCGACAUAUAGCAUUGACCAGAAAUAAAAGAUGUCUGUUGACAUAUGUAUAUAAUAGGAUGAGAAGAAUAAGAGACCUACGUUGGGAAUUAGGAAGCAUUUUGCCACCAGAAAUAAAUUCAAAUCUAUUAAACGCUGAAGCCCAAUGGUUUCAGACGUACAACAAAUCAUUAGCUACAUAUAUGAGAUCAUUAGGAGAAGAUUAUGGAUUUAAUAUCACAGCAAAUAUGUUACCUCCAAAGACUCCUUAUGUAGAGGUAAAAUGCGUGACAGACUUUGGAAGAUUGGAACUCGAGGAUGGUCAAGUAAUUUUAUUAAAGAAAAAUACAUAUCAUUUAUUACCCAGAGCUGUAUGUGAACCACUUAUACGGCAAGGUAUUCUUGAACAUAACAGCACAUAAUUUGUUACUUUUAUAAUUUGUUAUAAUAAAAAUAAAAUUUAUUUUUAUUCUUUUUA